GCAGACACAUGACGUAUUCUGCGUUUUCUUUACAAAAUAGAUAAUGACAGGAGGAGAGCUGUCUUGUCCGAAUCAUUGAUCUCGAAGUGGUGUUUUAUGAUUGAACUUCUUGCGUGCAAUUGAUAUAAAUUAAUCGUAAUAAUCAUGAGUGAUAAAGAAAAAGUUCCCGAAAAGGGCGUCUACGAAGAUGAGAAAUUGCAGGAAAUGACUGCUUCUUACUCCGAGAUAUCUUUUGAUUCUCAAUCGUCGUCGUCGUCUCCCGACGUUGAUGUCAACUCUCUGAUACAUUCCUCAGAGAUGAAUAAAUAUUCCCCAAACGAUACUAUCAAGUCUGGUAUUGUUGGUAACAGACCCGAUUGUUUGAAUUUAAGUCGCAAGAACGAACAGACAACGGAUUCAAAGUUUGCUAACUACCAGAAGUCGCUUGAUUAUUUACAAUCCGAAGGUACUGUGACAAAGGAAGGUGAUAUGGUGAGUUUUGUAGCAGGGGAUUUGGAGAAUAAAAUAAAACUAUCAAGUCCUGUGACUAGAAAAGGAGAUUCUAUGAUGUCUCUUGAACCAAGAAAUGCGGUAUCUUAUUUGUAUAGACAAGCUUUAACACCACAGCUACCCUGUUCAGAUCAUAACAUCUUGAAUGAACUUGAAAAUGAGGCUAGAAAAGUUGCAACAUCUGUUGAUUCUAUAACUGAAAACUUGGCAGCAAUACUACACAGUGCAUCUGCACUUACAGUUGGUUGUUUGGAAACUUACAGAGAUGCCGUUUGUAAGACCUGUGAUUCUGUAGAUUUCAAUAUCAAAGCAAUGUAUCAGUUAAUGGCUAAGACUGAAGAGCUUUCCAAGUCAAUGGCAGGAAUUUAUAAAAUGUCUGAAAGAAUAAAAGAAAUGAGAAAAAUGCUUGAUCUUUUUGAAAGCACGCUCAAUGUUUAGUGAGCAAAUCCAAUUUUGGAGAAGCCUUUAAAGAAGUGCAAUAUUGAUACAAAAAAAUCAAAACUCCAUAAUUUUUAUACAAAAAAAAUCUAGUCAUGUACAUACAUAUCUUAUUAUUAAGCUUAUGCUCGUAUCCUAUAAAUAUUAGAAAGAUUUUUAUAAAUGUAAAAAAAAAAAGAUAUGAAUUUAAUUUUGCUUAUUGUUAAAAAUGUACUUUCAAACUCACACGAUUGAAAUAUAUGCAAGUCGAACACCGAAACCAGUUUGUCUUUGUUCGU